AUGGACGUAAUCGUGGGGGGUCGGUGCGCGACGUCUGAGGAGAAUGAAGAACUGGAAGAAGAGGCGGCAGCGGCUGGACGUCCUGUAGGGGUGUCUGAGGCCGAGGAAGGUUCGCACACGGAUUCGGACUCCGACCUGGAGACAGAAGGCACUCACGGGCUUGGAGAACCGGGCAGGGACACCCUCUACCUGGGGUGUUGCCGGGCCCAUGGCGUUGUGAGUAUCUCCUGCUUUCUGCGCCAAGGGAGUGCCCCAGAGCUGAACCUGCGGCACCAUGGCCUGGGGCUCCAGGGGGCCCGGGCUCUGGCUUCCUCGUUGGCCUCCAAUUCCUGCAUCAAGCGGCUAGACCUUCGGGACAAUGGGCUCUGUGGGGCUGGCGCAGAGGCCCUGGCAGUUGCCCUGAGCAAAAGCAGCAGCAUCUGUGAUGUGGACCUGUCAGAGAACCAGCUGGGAGCAGCAGGGGCCCAGGCCCUCUGUGCUUUCCUUGUGGGGAACAUGGCCAUGCAGAAGAUUCAGCUGUCAGGGAACAGUCUGGAGGAGCAGGCAGCCCAGUACCUUGCUGAACUCCUGCUGGCCCACACAGGCCUGAAAUCCCUGGACCUGAGCUAUAACCAGCUAAACGACCAAGCAGGAGAGAUGCUCGGACCAGCCCUGGCAGAAAACACAGGACUCACCGAGCUUAACAUAAGCUGGAAUCACCUCCGAGGCCCGGGAGCUGUAGCAUUUGCCAGGGGACUGCAGGCAAAUAUUUUCCUUAAAGUCCUGGAUAUCUCGUACAAUGGCUUUGGAGAUCCUGGAGCCUCCGCAGUGGGCGAGGCUCUCAAGGCCAACAACGUGCUGGAGGAACUCAACAUGAGCAACAACCGAAUCUCUGCGGUGGGAGCUCUGAGCCUGGGCCUGGGCCUGGGCCUCCGGGUCAACCAGACACUGAGGGUUCUUGUUGUGUCCAGGAAUCCCAUGCGAAGUGAGGGCUGCUUUGGUCUUCUCAAGUCUGUGCAGGACAAUCCAGCACCUGCUCUGGAACUGCUGGAUUUCUCCUAUAUCCAGGUGAACACAGAGUUUGAUGACCUUGCUAGCUCAGUGAAGGUAAUUCUUCCUGGGCUUUGCAUAAAGACUGGUGCUUGCAGAGCGGAGUAUAAAAAAGAGUUGCUGCCGGUCUUCAGACAGUCCCUACCAGUGCCUGCUCCUAAAUGA